AUGUCGUCAAGACCAUUCCCUCCACCCAACGGGAUGAGCUCCUUUUGGCGCUCUUCCCCAGGAUCGCUUGACAAUCACCGAUCAACGAAAGAUUUACCCUCGCAAUGCGACAUUCUCAUCAUUGGAGCAGGAUACUCUGGUGCUUCACUCGUGACGCAUAUGCUAGCGCACCCUGAGUCAAAGGACAAGUCAAUCGUCGUCCUGGAAGCUCGGCAACUAUGCUCUGGCGCGACAGGACGAAACGGAGGGCAUAUCAAGCCUGAUGUGUACAACUUGUGCUCAAAAAUGGCUUCCAAGCACGGUAUCAACGCGGGAGCUGAGAUUGCGGAGUUCGAGCUCGCCAAUGUCGAUGCUGUUAAGAAUUAUGUGCUUGCCAAUAAGGUGGACUGCGAUUUAAUGAUCACGAAUGCUGUUGAUGUGCAGCUAUCGGCAGAUCACAACGCGGCGCUUAAGGCUGGAUAUGAUAAGUUUGUCAAUGCUGGUGUGAGCGCGACAAAGAGCGCAUUCUAUGUCGAUGGCAAGUAUGCCGAAACAGUCUCAGGCGUGAAAGGCGCAAAGGGUGCUUUCAAGUAUACCACCGGUCAUCUCUGGCCUUACAAGCUGAUUCACCACAUGUUCGCCGACGCUCUGAAACACAAGAAUUUCAACCUUCAAACCAACACUCCUGCUACAUCGAUUUCUGCUUCCCCAGAAGCUGACGGAAGUUGGAGUAUCAUAACAACUCGUGGCGCCAUCAAGGCCCGUAAAGUCAUUGUCGCCACUAACGCUUACACCGCCGCGCUUCUCCCCGAGUAUCGCGACAAGAUCAUUCCCUACCGUGCCAUCUGCAGCCGGAUCGUUGCUCCCAAUCCGCCGCUUUUGGCAGACUCUUAUGCAAUUCGAUUUAGUCCCACGGACUUUGACUAUCUUAUCCCUCGGCCAGACGGCAGCAUUAUCGUUGGUGGCGCUAGAUCGGCCUACUUCAGAUAUACAGAGGAUUGGUACGGCAGCGUGGAUGACACGAAGGUCAUCGAAAGAGCGAAGGAUUACUUUGAAGGGUAUAUGCAGCGACACUUCCAUGGUUGGGAGAACAGCGGUGCACACACAGAUCGAGUCUGGACUGGAAAUAUCUUCCCUGCAGUCAUGGGCUAUUCAGCCGACGGACUUCCCCGCAUCGGCCGUGUGCCCGGACGAGAAAACAUGUUCAUCAUGGGCGGUUUCACCGGCCACGGAAUGCCGCAAGUCUUCCUGACCGCCAAGGGAAUCAGUCGGAUGGUCCUGGAAGAUCUAGCGUUUUCCGAGACCGGAAUUCCUAGACUUUUCGAGGAGUCGGAAUCGAGGUUAACGAGUGAUGAGAAUUUUUUGAAGGAGAUGAUGGAUGCGCAGCCAAGCCUCGCUAAGAUGUAG